UUUAUUAAUCUUAUUGUUUAAAGACAAACAAAACCAAUAAGGUUUCGUCGUUACCCACUACCAUUGUUUCAGUUCAUUACAAAACACAACAAACACAUCAUCCAUUUCAUAAGAUCUUACGACAUCUCUCUGAAUUCUUCUUCAAUAUUUGUUACUCCGAUCAAAAGAUCUCGGAAUAAUGGGAGCGUACAGAGCCGACGACGACUAUGAUUACCUCUUUAAACUAGUCUUGAUCGGAGACUCCGGCGUCGGGAAAUCAAACCUUUUGUCUCGAUUCACAAGAAACGAAUUCAGCAUCGAGUCAAAGUCAACUAUCGGCGUAGAGUUCGCCACAAGAAGCGUUCAUGUCGACGAGAAAAUCAUUAAAGCUCAGCUUUGGGACACGGCCGGUCAAGAGAGAUACAGAGCAAUCACGAGUGCAUACUACAGAGGAGCAGUGGGGGCACUUCUAGUAUACGACAUAACCCGACACAUAACGUUUGAAAACGUUGAAAGAUGGCUCAAGGAGCUUCGUGACCAUACCGAUGCAAACGUUGUGAUCAUGCUUGUUGGAAACAAAGCCGAUCUUCGCCACCUUCGCGCAGUCCCUACAGACGAAGCUAGAGCGUUUUCUGAGAGAGAGAACAUGUUCUUCAUGGAAACUUCUGCUUUGGAUGCUACAAACGUCGAGCAAGCUUUCACUCAUGUAUUGACUCAGAUCUAUCGUGUAAUGAGCCGUAAAGCACUUGAUGGUACUGGAGAUCCGAUGUCUUUACCUAAAGGACAGACCAUUGAUAUCGGAAACAAGGAUGAUGUUACCGCUGUUAAAUCCUCUGGCUGUUGCUCAGGUUGAGAUUAUUGUUCUUGUUUUUGUAAACUGUCUUUUUUGGAAGAAGGUUUUGGUUUUGAAUUUGGAUUUGUUGUAUCUGACUUUUUUGGGAAAUCAGACCGGUUUGGUUUUACAAUACAAACCGAAAUUUGUAUGAGACUGGACAAGACUUGGUCUGCUUAAUAAGUUCGUUUUAGUCGUGAA